GUUGUCAUUGUACCUAACCUAAGAAAGUAAUUCUUAAUUAUUCCAGUUUAUUUUCGCAAAAAGUGACCAGUUUUAAGCCUGCAGCCCUCAAUGAACAAACCUCACCAACCAGAACCCAAUAAUAACAGAUAUGCAAGACGACAAUAUAGCAGGGAGCAGCGCCGACCGAGACAUUAACGACGUCUUCAGCGACAUUUUCCUGAUUGAAAAUCGGGCCUUCGAACAAAGUUUCAACGAAGGACGAGACCAAGGUAAAACGGAAGACAACGUGGAAGCAUUCCACUUGGGGUAUCACCGAGGUGCCGAAAUCGGGGCAGAAAUUGGUUACUACGCUGCAGUUACUAACCACUUUAUACAGAAUAAACCUCCAGGUGACGAUAAACUUACCAAAGAACUUGCUACCUUGAAACAAAUGCUAGUAGAGUUUCCGCGCGAAAACAACCAAGAAGUCGAUAUAAUAGCACAACUGAGUCAAAUUCGGGCGAAAUUUAAAAAAAUAUGUGCUGUUUUGAAAAUCCAGCCCACGUUUCCUGAGCCAAAUCGUCUAUCGUUUUGA